AUGGGUUCUUCGGUUUCCUUCCAUCUUGUUUUUCUACUCCAAGUUGCAUUAUUGGUCUCUCUAUUUCAUUUCAGCACAGCAGCGAGGAAACUUGCCGGGUCAGUCCAAACUGAUCAGCAGCCAUUACCGUUUCAAUACCACAACGGCCCACUUCUUACCGGAAAAAUCUCAAUCAACUUGAUCUGGUACGGCAAGUUUAAGCCUUCUCAACGUGCACUUAUAACAGAUUUCGUCGUCUCCCUCACUACUUCCGAGCUUACAGUAGCCCAACCCUCUGUUGCUAAAUGGUGGAAGGGUACUGAGAAAUACUACCAAGUCAUUAAGUCCAACAAAUCCCCUUCUCCAGUCCUCUCUCUGGGAACACAAUUAUUGGAAGAGAGUUAUUCCUUGGGCAAAUCCCUCUCUAGCAAGCAAAUUGUGCAAUUAGCAUCAAAAGGUAGCCAAAGGAAUGCAAUCAAUGUUGUUUUGACAGCAUCUGAUGUGGCAGUUGAAGGUUUUUGCUCUAGUAGGUGUGGCACUCAUGGGUCCUCUCUGAGUGCUCAAAAAGUCAAUGGCAAAAGCUCCAAAUUUGCUUAUGUUUGGGUUGGUAAUUCAGAGACUCAAUGCCCAGGUCAAUGCGCAUGGCCAUUCUACCAACCAAUUUAUGGGCCACAAAGCCCACCUUUGGUCGCACCAAACAAUGAUGUGGGUCUGGACGGUAUGAUUAUAAACUUGGCUAGCCUCUUGGCAGGGACUGCCACGAACCCAUUUGGAAAUGGCUACUUCCAGGGUCCCAAAGAGGCACCACUUGAGGCUGCAUCAGCGUGCCCUGGGGUUUAUGGCAAAGGGUCCUAUCCUGGUUAUGCUGGGGAUCUUUUAGUAGAUUCUGCAAGUGGUGCUAGCUACAACGCACAUGGUGUCAAUGGUAGGAAAUACUUGCUUCCUGCUUUGUUUGACCCUUCAACAGCAACUUGUGCUACUUUGGUCUGA